UGCGCCGUAUAUAAAUACCAGUUCCAGAGGGUUGAAGAUAUCACUUGUGCGGCAGCAUUUGGGGUUUUUACUACUUUGGCACUUUAAUAUAUCUCUUUGUAAAAGUCGAGAUGCAACUCAUCAACGCGCUCCCCGCGUUGCUCCUGGUGGUCGCAGCCGCGGCACAAGACUAUCAAUUUCAGCCAGACCUACUCGUUGACCCUUACCCGAUGUGGCACGCGACGAGACAGCGCCGCGACGUCACGUUCGACAAGCAGAUGGGCGACGGGCGCGUGUUCGGCACGCUCGGACAGAGCGACGCCGGGCUCUUCGGCAAGGCCGGCUACGAGCACCAGAUCUUCAACGACGCGCGCGGUACGCUGACGGGCCAGGCGAACGGCAUGCGCGUUCUGGGGCCUGACGGCGGCUCGUCGCACUUCGGAGGUGGUCUCAACUGGAAGAACCCCAACGCGGCGGCCUCCUUCGACAUGAGCAAGCAGGUCCACGGAGGCACCUCGUACCAGGCCGCGGCGGGCGGGCGCUGGCCGGUCGGCAAGAACGGCGACUUCUCUCUGCAGGGCACGUACGGGCGCGCGGCGGGCAUGCGGCGCGAGUACGGCGGGCUCGCCAACUUCAACUACCGCUGGUGAAGCCCGCCGCGACCAUAUCUUAUAGUAUUAUUGUUGAUAUUUAUUAAAGUAUUGUUAAGUUAAA